GUCGGAGCCAACCCACAUACGAAGAUUCAUCAUGUGUCUCUCAAUCACUCAUCGCGUAAUUUGAUGCAACGGUGUUUGCAACAUCUCAAAGUUUAAAUAGAAAUAAACAAGAAUAUUAUCAAUUAGACAGUUCGAAAUAGCCGAUACGUUGGCUAUGCCAGGUUGAUUUUUCAGAAUUUACUGCAAAAAUGUCGAUAAUAUUUACACCGACGAAUCAAAUAAGACUGACGAACGUUGCUGUCGUUCGCAUGAAGAAAGGUGGCAAGCGAUUUGAAAUUGCCUGUUACAAGAAUAAAGUAAUAUCCUGGAGAAAUAAAUUAGAAAAAGAUAUUGAUGAAGUACUGCAAACGCAUACAAUAUUCACUAAUGUAUCAAAGGGUCAGGUGGCAAAGAAGGAAGAUCUCAUAAAAGCUUUUGGCAUUGACAAUCAGACUGAAAUAUGCCAACAGAUUCUUGCCAAAGUUUCCAUGAUCGAGAAUGCCAUGAGAGAGGAAAUACAUUUUUCCGUUAAACCUAAUCGGAAUGCCAAACAACAGGCACUAGAUGUCAUCUCGCAAUUGAAAGAAGUGAUGCCUCUGGAACGUGCCCAAAUGCGGCUUAGGAUUGUUAUCCCAGAAAAAGAAGCAAGAAAAUUGAAAGACAAAGUCACUAAAUUAAUAACUAAAUUGGAAAAUGAGACAUGGGACAAUAGUUUGAUACCGCAUUUUCGAUGGCGGGCGCGGUAA